AUGACCGAGCCCGAGGACCUCAACUUCACGGCGUUCACCGACCUAUGUCGCCUCUGCUCGCUCAAAAGUGGACCCAGACUCCACAUCUUCGACAAAGAGUCCGAGCAGAGGCAGAUUUUGUUCAAGUUGAGGACCUGUCUGCCUACUAUGAAAUAUUACGUCUAUCGUGAGGCUACGGGAAAUAGGUCAGAGGUGGGAUUAUUCCCGGAAUCCCUACAGACAGAUAUCGAAGGACGAUUUCCUGCCGAAGAAGAUCUGCGAGCGUUGCGUCACCCGCCUGGACCAGCUGUACGAGUGGCGACAGAGCUGCCUCAGCACCGACUCUGUGCUCAGGAACUACGCGGAGUCCAUGAGAAUUGUCACCUCCACCAUUAA